CCAUUCCGUGUACGGACUUUUCUUGCUUCAGUUAUUGCCCGGUGGUUAAUUAAAUCCUAAAUUAUAGCAAUCAUGUUAGUGGCACGCGGGUAAAGAAAAUUCGAAUUUUUGUUUGCUCUCCUCACACCGUAGAACCGUGAUCUGCUUUUCCCACCGCAUCAUUUUCCUUCUUCUCCGACCUGCGUUGUCGACGGACCCGACCCGGUAGUUAACCUCCUACAGAUAUGGCAGCGUUCUUUUUUCUCCUCUCUUUUCCAAACGUGCUUACUUCUCGGAUUAAACUACUCUCAUCACACCAUCAUUCUGUUUAGACACCGAUCCAUUGUCGAAGAUACUAAGCGCCAGAUUACCAAAUCCCGGUUCUGGUGAUCAUAUCUGUUUUACAAGCACACAACUUAAACACAAUAAUCAUCUUUGACAUAUCCUGAUAUUCAAGUUUUUGCACAACCUUGAAACUGGGAAAAAGAGAAGAUAUAAUAAAUUUGUGACAUUCUAAAAAACGAUGAAGGGGAUUGGGUCAUGGACGUGUGUUGAUGCUAAGGAUGCCGAAAAACAAGUCAGCAUAAAAAACGAUGAAGGGGAUCAGGUUUGACCGGGAACUCAAUGUUUUCAUUAAUAAAACUUUAUGUUCGGAAUCCUCUUCAGACUCCCAGUACGAAACCAAGAUAUAGGAUGGGAAGAUCUUUCAAAGUAUAAGUAUACACAUUAUCAAACUCAAACUAUCCACGCAUCUUGGAAAGUUUAGCAUUAACAAGAAGAAAAGGUGAGCGACGCUAUAUUAGUGUUAUUGUGCCAGAGCACAACCAGGUGGAUCAUUGUGUCUUGACAUAUAAGGCAGUGCUGGCAUGUGAAAGUUUGAUUCCUAACUUUCAAAAUUAAUUUCUACUUAUUAUAGUUCAUUCAUUGAAGCUUGCUUGAAGUAAGUAUUUGACCCCUUAUUAUAAUAUAAGCAAUCUUUUUGAUUAUGACAAAUACCACUUAUAUACCUUCAAGUUUGUUGUUUUCGUCAAGAUAAUGACCACGCUGAGAUGUCUAACAGUCUAAUGCUGGCGGAGCAAGCAUCAAAACGGGGAGCCAAAAUUUUGAUGCCAACUUUCAAUGAUGUUAGUGAAGAAUUUGCAAUGUGAAGAUGGUGUCUGUGUUAUGCUUACAGGGAGAGUUGAAGCUGGUGGCAGGGAGAUUGAGCGACCAUAAACCAACUGCAUUUUCCCAUACAAUGGCGAGGAUACUGCAGGUAUACUUGAAGUUUCAUGACUACUGCUCACCAGCAGUAGUAACCGGAAAAAACCAGCAGAAGAUCACUCUACAUAGCUGCCGAACAGAAUUUCUUUUCCCAUUUGCAGAAAACCAGAAACUAGCACCAGAACAAUCCAGACAGACCUCCAGGAUCACAUGCACAAAGGAUCAUCACAGCAGGGUUCCAGAACAGGGCAGUCAAACUGUCCGGCCUGAAUACAAACACCAGAGUUUGUAAGCACUGAUCAGAAAUCUCGGGGUGAGCCAGGGUCGAACCCAGGACCUGGGACGACAGAGGAUGAACUCUUAACCACUGAGCUAUCCAACCGUGCUCUAUUCUAGGCGACUUAAAUUUUGUGAAAGAAGAUAAACAUUUUGUAUGGUCUGCCACAACUAGAUUUAUAGAGUUCAAUCUGAAGACAAGAGAACUAAUAGGAUGAGGAACAGACAGAAGUGAGAAUUUUUAUUGACGUAGCCAAAUGUUUUUGUAGUGUCACUGUUAUACCUAUAUACAGCUGAGAGUGUCUUUCUGAAUGUUACAAUUUUUUUUAUUUAGAAUUUCAUAUAUUUUGCUUUUUCCAAGAUGAAAAGAAACGCAAGAAAUAUGUUAAAUGGAGGAAAUUAUGUUUG